UUAUUCAGGGACACUACCAUUGUUUGGCGUGUACCGACAGGAUACGUGCAACCCAGAGCAUGCUCCCAGGCUGCCUGCCAUGUUUCAUGGGGACGGCUGAAACCAUUUGAAGGAGCCUUGGAUAUCUGGUCGAGUGCUGACACCAAUCUUAACUUCACAAAUUGUCUUUUCUAAUGUGCACAGUUGUAACUUCAAGCUUUACCACACAGAAUUGUCUAAGCCACGCAAUUUUUUAGGGGUUCAAAAAAUUUCAACACAGCAGUAUUUUACUUUUUUGCUAUUUACAGUUCAUAUAAUUUAUUUCACACAGAAUGGCAGACAUGGACAGAAGAAAUCAGACCAGCAGCUAUGAGUUUCUUCUCAUGGGCCUCUCUGAGCGACCAGAGCAGCAGCCUCUCCUGUUUGGGCUCUUCCUGGGCAUGUACCUGGUCGCCGUCCUGGGAAACCUGCUCAUUGUCCUGGCCAUCAGCUGUGACGUGCAACUCCACACUCCCAUGUACAUCUUCCUGGCCAACUUGUCCUUCUCUGACAUCGGUUUCAUCUCUACAGUAAUUCCCAAGAUGUUACAUAAUAUUGACUCAGGAAGUAAACUGAUUUCUUACAGUGAAUGUCUUACACAACUCUAUUUCUUUGGCCUAUUUGCAGAUCUGGACAACUUUCUCCUGGCUGUGAUGGCGCUUGACCGGUACGUGGCCAUCAGCCACCCCCUCCAUUAUACAAUGACCAUGAAUGCCCAAUGCUGUAUCCUGUUGGUAGCUGGGGCAUGGGUGGUUACUACCCUCCAUGCCCUAGUGCAUACCCUCCUAGUGACCAGGCUCUCUUUCUGUGGUCCCAACAUCAUCCCCCAUUUCUUCUGUGAUCUGGUCCCCCUCCUCAAGCUGGCCUGCUCCAGUACUUACGUGAAUAACCUGGUGCUCUUCCUUGUGGCAGGAACACUGCUAAUUGGACCCUUUGUCUGCAUCCUUACAUCUUACUUUUACAUUGCAUUGGCUGUUCUAAGAAUUGAUUCCCCAAAGGGUAAGCAAAAGGCCUUCUCCAACUGCACCUCCCACCUCUCUGUGGUCUCUCUGUUUUACGGUACAGCUACUGGGGUCUAUUUAUGUCCUCCAUCAUCACACUCAGGUGGAAACAGCACAGUCUUCUCAGUGAUGUACACAGUGGUCACCCCCAUGCUGAACCCUUUCAUCUACAGCCUGAGAAACAGGGAUAUGAAGGAGGCCCUGGGAAAACUACUCAGAAGAAAAACACUCCAACAGUCUUUUUAGGACCUUAACGUCAUCAUUCCAAGACUCAGAACUGAGAGUCGAAAAUUGGGCUCCUAAGAGUCCAACCACUGUAGCUUCUCUGAACCCGAGACUUUUCUUUCUCUCGUGUUUAUAUUUCAAAGCGCAGAUUGAUGUCUGAGGACAGGGAGGGGGGACCAGUGAUAUCAGUAACCUCCAACCAUCUUUGUGAAGUGCCUUUGCUUUGAGUAGUUUACUGCCCACCGCCACAUGGUUCUUGUUUAUUUUUACUCGAUGGUUAAGAGAAGUCCACACGUGGGGCCUGUACACAUGUAAAAUAAAAAUAAAAGUCCAAAUUUUUACUCAGCUCAAGUUAUAAAGGAACUAUGGAAGACAGAUAUCUCUAACCCAGGAAUAAAAGAUUCAUCACGUCUAGUAGGAUGAUAUACAAAGGAAGUAAUCUGAUACUCCACACUUAAACAGGCAGUGUUCUACAGAAGAAGAACGAAGCUUUAAGUCCUGGGUUCCAGGGCCAGCUUUGCCAUUAACAAACUGUAUGACUGUUACAUAACCACUUGAUGUCUCUGAGCCUUGGUUUCCCCAUGUUCAAAUUAAAGUAAUUGGAUUACAUGAGUCUAAGCCCCUUCACACAUAUACCCUAGUUCUAAUUAUAUUUAGUGUUACAGUGACAAGAACUCAAGACUUCAAGUCAGAAGUUACAAGUCAGAACCAAAAGCCUACCACGUACAUACUAUGUAACUUGAGGCACAUUCUUUAUCUCAGUCCUUCUUUCUUAUUUCUGCAAACCUGGAAGAACAACUGCAUCACAGGGUUCCUCUGAGUCACAGACACUACAUGAACUGACUUGGAUCACAGUUAAGUGCCCUGUACACCACGCUUAGGUUGUUUCCCUAUCUUGACUGUCGUGAACAAGGCUGCAAGGAACAUGGGGGCCAUGUAUGUGGUUACUGUGAGGUUAAGCAACAUAACAAGGGUUUGAGCACUUUAAACAAAGUGCCUGACACAUAGUUAACACUCAACAUGUGUGCUUUCAGUGAUGUCUGUGUCCAUAUGUGUUUCAGGUUUUUGAGCACUGACUGAUACAAGAUCUGAUAAGAAAUGUCACAUUUUACUUUCUGGGGAAACUAAUGAUUUGUGUCCUCAGAAUAAAUACCACAUAAGUAAAAGAAAAAAUGUCCAUCCAAGCUGGAUACUGAGGACAGUUAGAGAUUAUGAGUCAGAUCAAGAAGGAAAACAAAAGAAUAUCAAUAUCUCUUUAUCCCAUGUAAGUCAAUUUUUAAAAAAACA